UCAAACCUGUGGAAGAUCACUGUCCUGCAAUCUCCUCGUGAGGAGCAGCUAUCCGGAACACAUGUAGGAGAUCUCCCAUUCUCUUCUUGCCAGAGAGGUUUUGAAGAACCAGUCUACUCACUGGUAUCUGGGUAAUAACUGAGAAACUGUUUGCUUGGUUGUACAAUGGAAAAUGCAAACAAAGAUAAUGCUUCUUCCAGAGAAGGGCUACUCCUUAGGAUGGGUCUUAAUGAUAACAAAGCUGGAAUGCAAGGGCUGGAUAAAGAAAAGAUCAACCAAAUCAUAAUGGAAGCCUCCAAGGGUUCCAAAUUUUAUGAAAAUGAACUUAAGAAAGAUCAACAGGUUAAUAAGCGGAUUGAAAAAAUGCUGAAACUAAAAAGUAAAAUCACAGAGCAACAGAUUUUGAAAGCACAAUUGCAGAUGGAUAAACUUGCAGUGGCAUUGGAUCAGAAUCGUGAUCUUAGUUGUACUAUUGUACACAUUGACAUGGAUGCCUUUUACGCAGCUGUAGAAAUGAGAGACAAUCAUGAAUUAAGGGACAAGCCCAUAGCAGUGGGUUCACUGAAUAUGCUGUCCACUUCAAAUUACCAUGCUAGAAGAUAUGGGGUACGUGCAGCUAUGCCUGGAUUUAUUGCUAAGAAACUUUGUCCGCAUCUUACUAUAGUACCAUUAAACUUUAAGAAGUACAAAGAAGUAAGUAAAGAGAUUAGGGAAAUACUGGCUGAGUAUGAUCCUCAAUUCAUGCCCAUGGGCCUUGAUGAAGCCUACUUGAACAUAACAGAUUACUUAGAAGAACGAAAACAUUGCUCUGAAGACAAAAGAAAACAUCUCAGUACAUACAAGUUUGGUCUAAAUGGAAAACAGAAUAUAGUUACAUCUGAUGAAUCAAACCUGAAUGAAGAUAUGCAUUCUUGCUCACCAGUAUUGUUUGACAGUGACACUCUGAUUGAUAAGCAUACUGUUCAACCAUCUCUGCCCUUAGAAGAACAGCAAUGCCAGCAGUCAAGAGUUCAGUUAAAGUCAGUUGUCUUGGAAACAUCAGCUGAGGAAGUUGUAAAGGAAAUUCGCUUUAGAAUUGAACAAAAAACUGGGCUGACUGCCAGUGCUGGCAUUGCUCCAAAUAUGAUGUUGGCAAAAAUGUGCAGUGAUAAAAAUAAACCUAAUGGCCAAUAUAGAAUCCCUCCAGAAAGAGAAGCUGUGAUGGACUUCAUCAAAAAUUUAGCUAUUAGAAAGGUGCCAGGCGUAGGAAAAGUAACAGAGAAAAUGCUCAAAGCUUUGGAAAUAGUGACUUGCACAGAACUGUACCAGCAGAGGGCUCUGAUUUCUCUUCUGUUUUCUGAAACAUCCUGCCGUAACUUCCUUGAAAUCUCUCUUGGUUUGGGUUCCACACAUUUGGAAAGGGGCGGGGAGAGAAAAAGUAUGAGCACAGAAAGGACAUUUAAUGAAAUAAGUGCAACAGAACAAUACAGGUUAUGUCAAAAACUCUGCGGUGACCUUGCUCAGGAUUUGAAAAAGGAAGGACUUAAAGCUAGAACUGUAACUUUGAAGUUGAAGAAUGUGAACUUUGAAGUGAAAACAAGAGCUAAUACAGUACUUUCUGCAGUUUCUACUGAAGAAGAAAUAUUUGCUAUUGCUAAAGAUUUGCUUAAUGCAGAAAUGGAGAGUGUGGCCCCAGAACCUUUACAUUUAAGAUUAAUGGGUGUAAAAGUAUCAGGUUUUUUAACUGAAGAAGAAAAAAAAUAUCAGCAGAAGAGCAUUGUUAAUUUCUUAGAACCAGGAAAACAAGCCUGUGCUUUUAAGAAAACUGUCAACAUUUUCCCAAAAGUAUCUGAAGGAGAAAGCUUUUUCAAUAAAAAGAGAGCUAUGAGACAGGAAACCAACCAAGGAAUAUUUCUAAAUGAGUCUUCAAACAAGCAGAGUCUACGAGAAACCACGUCAAUGGUGACUUCAAGUAAGCAAGGAAAGGAUGAUGAACAUCAGAUCUUUAUUUGCCCUAUUUGCUUUGAAGAGCAGCAUGAUGGCACUUUAGAAGCAUUUAAUAGACAUAUUGAUAUGUGCCUUAGUGGAACAAUAGAAAAAGAAAAUGAAGAAAUUACAGAUACUAGCAAAUUUUGGAAAAAUGAUCUGCCUGUGGACGCGGAAAAAAAAGAAAGGAUAAAAGUUAAAAUAAGUAAACCAUCAGUGGAUGAACGAUCAACAAAUAUAGCUGAUUGUGUUUCUGCAAGUUGCUCAGAUGUGUUACCAAAGCUUCUAGUUUAUGAACAGAAUGAGAAUAGAUGUGGUCCUUCUAAUGCCUCUGUAUCUGAAAUUCAUGCUAAAGAUGAUUUAUCUUCUAAAGCUUUAUUAAUAGAGAAAGAAGAGUCAAGCUGCCCAGGAAGCAAUUCGCAAUUUUCUUCUGACAUUACUGAAAAUGUUUUAGUUUGUCCAGUUUGCAACAUAAAACAAAAAACAAAGGAUCUUGCAUUGUUCAACAGGCACGUGGAUGUUUGUUUAAACAAAGGCAUUAUCAAGCAGUUGACAGAAAAUUCAAGUAUGGAAAUCUUGGAUAGAGGACAAUAUAAUACAAACUCUUCAGUAGGAACAAAAAGAUCUGGAACAGUGAUUCCCCAGUCAACAUCCAAAAAAGCCAAGUCAAGCAAUUCUAGGUGCACUAUAGAAUCAUUUUUCAAAUGAACACAAUAAAGAAAGUUUGAUGAUUAUUAUGGUACAAAAGCUUAGCGUAAAAUAUGUCACUUGGACCUUAUGUAUUAUGUAUAAAUU